AUGAUAAACAUAAGAAAAAGAAAAAAAAUUGAAGAGUUAAUUCAAUCUCAAGUAGGAGCUCUUGAUAAAUUUUUAAUCAAAGAAUCACAAGUUUCAAAUGAAAGUCGUUAUGUUGAUAAUAUUGAUAGUUUGCCUAUUGAAAAUGAUAAUCUUGAUAGUGUGCCCAUUGAAAAUGAUAAUCUUAAUAGUGUGCCCAUUGAAAAUGAUAAUCUUGAUAGUGUGCCAAUUGUUGAUGAAGUUAAUAAUGAUGAUGAUGUCGAUGAUGAUGAUGAUGAUAAUAUUGAUUAUGAUAUAUUUGAUCCAAGAAAUUGGGAUCGUCUUCAACCUAAACUGAUUGAUUUAUUAGUUGUGAAAGGUCCUACAAGAGAUAAUUCUAUUGUGAAGGGUCCUAAAGAUAGUUUGAAUAGACGUUUUAUGAAUCAUUUGUAUACUAGAGCUUUAGCAAAUGGAGAGGUGUGUGAUAGAGAUUGGCUUGUUUAUUCGAAAGAGCUUGAUAGAGUAUUUUGUUUUUGUUGUAAAGUUUUUAAAAAUGGGAUUGUUAGGGGAAAAUUAGCAAAUGAGGGUUAUAGUGAUUGGGUACAUGUUGGUGAAAGAAUUAAAGAGCACGAGUUAGUCUUUCGUGGUUCUAAGGAGAAAUUGUACGAAGAUAACAAUGGAAACUUUUUGGGUUUGAUUAAAACGUUAGCUGAAUUUGACCAAAUCAUCCAAGAACAUGUUAGACGUGUUACAACUCAAAAAGUUCAUAUUCAUUAUCUUGGGCAUAAUAUACAGAAUGAGUUGAUUUCAUUGCUUGGUUCUGCGAUUAAAAUUGAAAUCAUUAGAAAAAUCGAACAUGCAAAGUAUUUUUCAGCGAUACUUAAUUGUACUCCUGAUGUUAGUCACCAAGAGCCGAUGUCUUUGAUAAUAAGAUAUGUGGAUAUUUCUUCAGCUUCUGUUAGUAUUGAGGAAUCAUUUUUAGGAUUUUUGAAUGUGAAUGAUACAAGUGGUCAUGGGAUUUUUGAUGUUUUACAAAAUGAAUUAAAAGAACUUGGUCUCGGCCUAUUUGACGUGAGAGAGCAAGGUUAUGAUAAUGGGUCCAAUAUGAAAGGAAAACACCAAGAAAAUGAUCUUGAUCCUAAAAUACAAAAUGAAGCUAAAUCCUUAGCAACAAAUGAGCUUGGUGAUUUUGAGUUUUUGAUGACUAUAAUUAUUUGGUUUGAAAUAUUAUCUGCAAUUAAUUUUGUUAGCAAGCUUUUACAGGAAAAGGAUAUGCUUAUUGAUGUUGCUAUGCAAAAAAAUAAGGGGUUGAUUUCGUAUUUUGAGGGAUAUAGAGAAACAUGUUUUUAUAAGGUAUUGAUUAACGCUAAGGAAAUUGCGGUGGAAUUGAAUAUUGCCCCAAUAUUUCCUCAAAGGCGUAUAAUUAAAAGAAAAAGGCAAUUUGAUGAGAAUUUGAAUAUCCCAUCAGUCGAGCUAUCAAAAGAAGAAUCAUUCAGGGUUAAUUAUUUUCUUUACCUUGUUGAUCAAGUUGUUGUUUCUCUUAAUAAGAGGUUUGAGCAAUACCAAGAGUAUGAAAGUAUUUUUGGUUUCUUGUUUACUUCUCACAAGUUACAAUCAUUAGAUGAUGCAACUUUGAAGUCUUGUUGUACUAACUUUGAGCAGGCAUUGAAACAUAACGAGCAACCUGAUAUUAAAGAAAAGAGAAGAAAAAGCAUAAGAGGAGCGAAUAAACAAAGGAAAUGA